AUGAGCUUCCUGUUUCCACCAAACUGUCAGGAAGACACACCCAUUGGAGCUAUGCCAGGAUGUUAUAGGCUUGGAUGGAGACAUGGACUUAUUGAAGAGGUGGCAAAGGCCCGAGAUGUUGGCAUUAAUAGUAUUGUGCUAUUCCCCAAAGUUCCAGAUGCUCUAAAGUCUCCCACUGGAGAUGAAGCCUACAAUGACAAUGGCUUAGUACCUCGAGCAAUACGUCUGCUUAAGGACAAAUUCCCUGACCUUGUUAUGUAUACGGAUGUUGCUUUAGAUCCAUAUUCCUCGGAUGGGCAUGAUAGUAUCGUUAGAGAAGAUGGAGCUAUAAUGAAUGAUGAGACUGUGCAUCAAUUAUGCAAGCAGGCUGUGUCUCAGAUAAUAUUUAUAGAUUUUUUUGCCCGAGCUGGAGCUGAUGUUGUCAGUCCUAGCGAUAUGAUGGAUGGGCGCGUUGGAGCUAUUCGUGCAGCCCUCGACUCUGAAGGCUUCCAUCAUGUUUCUAUCAUGUCCUAUACUGCAAAAUACUCAAGCUCAUUUUAUGGUCCCUUCCGGGAAGUCUGGUUUUUUAAAAACAGGUAUCAAAUGAACCCCGCAAAUUACAGAGAAGCAUUAGUUGAGGCUCAUGAAGACGAGGCUGAAGGAGCUGAUAUUCUUUUGGUCAAACCUGGUCUUCCUUAUUUGGAUAUCAUAAGACUUCUCAAGAACCAUUCUCCUUUGCCUAUUGCUGCAUAUCAGGUUUCCAGCGAAUACUCCAUGAUCAAGGCUGGUGGUGUUCUCAAAAUGAUUGAUGAAGAAAGGGUAAUGAUGGAAACCUUGAUGUGCCUCUGCCGGCCCGGUGCCGACAUUAUCCUUACAUAUUUCGCACUAAAAGCUGCAAAUAGUUUAUGUGGUGAGAAAAACUUGGUCUGAUUUUUCCUUUGAUGAGGCCUUUGGUUGAUUCUGCAAGAAAAGCUUGAGGCUGAUAAUUUUUUCCAUUAGAGAAUGCUAGAUGUUAG